AUGUCAGGGUUUAUCCCUGAUAUUAUGAAGUUGUUGGUUGAUGUAAAAUUACUCGGAUAUGUUACUGAAUUUCUAAGAAAUGACGAAUUCCCAGCAAAAAUUAUUUGGAAGAAUAUUGUCAAAAAAGCAGUGUAUGAAAGUGAUCAUUAUGAAUGGGUGGAUAAAAUUGAAAGGAAAAAAGAACUUGAAUUCUAUCUCUGGAGUCAACCUUGUAUAUCUUUGAGCAUCUGGUAUGAUCUGUGGAAGUACGGACAAUCAAAGCAGAUAACAGAUAUUCUUCGACUUCUGUGUGGCUCCUUGACUGUAAAUAAGGAGAGAUUUGGAAAUCCUGGAACGUUAAACGGAAUAUGUUCAGCAUGUCAGGGACUUUAUAAUAAUGCUGUUCAUCAUGCAGAAAGACAGAAGUUAGAGAAAGCUGGUGGUCUUGGAUACAAGAUCAUCUUCCAGUUAGAACAUGUAUGA